GUACUGAUUUCCUGAACCACAGAAAACUGUAAUUUAAACUUUGCAUUUAGACAGCUGUUCAAAAACCUUAGUUCAAUUUGAUUUCUCCCCAUCAUUGCGAGCUUUCAUAUUUUGCCUGGAAGAAAAGUAAAAUCCCAUAUUUAGAAUGUAAGGUUUGGAUUCUGUUAAGUUUCAUCAGCAUUGAUUGUCUUUCGACAUCCAUCUUUUUCUUCCUGAUAAAAUCUCUGUAAAAAAUACAUAAGUUGGGGUGAGGAGGACAAUAGCUAUAAUAUGGUGAACUAGCUAGCACUUUUUGAAGUUUAAUGAAUGAUUUUUUCUCAUAUGAGGGUGCUUGGACUUUCUGGGAGCACAUACGGUUUCUAAGACAAUGCAUAGUGAACAAACCAGGACGGGCUAUAGUGUAUGAUAUUUAUAAAAAGAAAAUCUCUAAAUAUUUCUGUGCCUCUGAUGGAAAAGUAUGAAAAACACUGAUCUGAUUAUAUUUUACAAGAUGUUUCAGUGCAGUUUUCCCAAAGUUGCUAUGUAGAUAUUCAGCAGGAAUUCUUUCAUGUGUACAGAAGGCAGAAAUGUACCUGGGAUUCUGGCACUGCCCUUGUUUUCCAAAAAUGUCAUGGAAAAUCACUAACAUUGAAAAAGUCUAAUGGGAGAAUCAGUAACAAACUAAACCAAGCAUCUUGGUUAGGCAUGUGUGUAUAGGUAUUAUGAAAACAUGUUGAGACUGUUUCCUACUAGUGAAGUAAUGUCUUAUCAAGGAAUCAUGUAGGUGUUGUAUAGUGAGUUGCCUUUUUCAGUGUUGUCCUUCUUCCCCUCCACCCUUCUGUUUCAGUUCACGUGACAGGACUUUGUACUCAUUUACUGAUAAUAAGUGCACAGCCAUCUUGUUUGAAAACUAGAAUCAGAAACUGAAACAAUUCCGUGUUGCAAGGAAGAAGAUGGGACCCCUUUUACUUCUAAUAAUUUGUCAGUGUGCUGUAAACAGUGUCAAAACACACAGUGCUUCAAAUCCCAAUAUCAUUUUGCUGAUGGCUGAUGAUCUUGGUAUUGGAGACCUUGGAUGUUAUGGGAACAAAACCUUAAGAACCCCUAAUAUUGACAGGCUAGCAGAGGAAGGAGUGACACUUACUCAGCAUAUAGCAGCAGCCCCACUUUGUACUCCAAGCAGGGCAGCUUUCCUGACAGGGAGAUAUCCUAUAAGAUCAGGAAUGGCUGCCUUCUCACGAGUUGGUGUCUUCUUAUUUUCUGCCUCUUCUGGGGGACUUCCUUCUGAAGAAAUAACUUUUUCCAAACUCCUGAAACAGAAGGGUUAUGCAACCGCUCUAAUAGGAAAGUGGCAUCUUGGGAUGAACUGUGAAAGCAGUAAUGACUUCUGUCACCACCCCCUCAGUCAUGGAUUUGAUUACUUUUAUGGGCUUACUGUGACCAAUUUUAGAGACUGCAAACCUGGCCAAGGCAGCGUAUUUUUAAAAGGGGUUCACAAAGCCCUUAUCAUCCCAAUCCAAAUCGCUGGAAUCACCCUUGUCUCUUUGGCGAUAGCGCGGUACAUUGGCCUCCUCAAUGUACCUUUCCAAGCAUUCUGUUACUGCUUGUUAAUAAUCACAAUUUCACUUGUGGUUUUGAUAUUUUUCUUCUAUCAUUUUCGACACUUAAACUGCUUCUUAAUGAGGAAUCAUCAGAUUAUCCAGCAACCACUGUCCUAUGAGAACCUUACUCAGAGGCUGACAAAGGAAGCCAUGCAGUUUAUUGGAAGGAACACCAAUGCACCAUUUCUUCUUGUCUUGUCUUAUCUUCAUGUCCACACUGCUCUGUAUGCUUCAGAAAAUUUCAGAGGAAAGAGCAAGCAUGGCUUAUAUGGUGAUGCAGUGGAGGAAAUGGACUGGAGUGUAGGACAAGUUCUGGAUGUGCUGGAAAAACAUAAUCUGAGUGACAAAACUCUUGUAUACUUCACAUCUGACCAAGGGGCUCAUAUUGAAGAAAUUUCUAGUGCUGGCGAAGUCCAUGGAGGAUACAAUGGCAUAUAUAAAGGUGGAAAAUCAACAAACUGGGAAGGAGGUAUUCGUGUGCCAGGUCUUCUCCAUUGGCCUGGAGUGAUACAGACUGGUGCCUAUAUUGAUGAGCCAACAAGUAACAUGGAUAUAUUUCCUACCAUAGUCAAACUUGCGGAGGCACAGUUACCCUCUGACAGAAUUAUUGAUGGACAUGAUCUGCUGCCCUUACUUCAAGGAAAAGUUACUCGAUCUAAGCAUGAAUUUCUCUUCCAUUACUGUAAUGCAUAUUUAAAUGCAGUGCGCUGGCAUCCAGGAAACAGUGAAUCUGUCUGGAAAGUCUUCUUCUUCACUCCAAACUUCAGUCCUGAGGACUCCAAUGGUUGCUAUGAUUCUCAUGUUUGUUUCUGCCAUGGAGGAUUCAUUACACAACAUGAUCCCCCACUGCUCUUCGAUCUGUCCAGAGACCCUGAAGAGAAAGUCCCACUGACUCCAGAAACUGAGAGCCGUUUCUAUGAAAUCCUCAGGGUUGUUCACCAAGCAGUAGACAAUAACACCAGAUCCUUGCAGGCUGUUCCUAACCAGCUGUCAUGGGACAACCUUCUCUGGAAGCCAUGGCUCCAGCUCUGCUGCUCAUCUCUCUUUCAGUCUUGCUAUUGUGACUAUGACUCAGGAGGGAGUCCACUGGAAGUGCAUUCAGGAUAAACAAGCUGCAAUUCGCUGUCAGAAACUGGAGUGUAGGUGUCUGACUUGAACCACCGUGGUAUUAGCCUUCCAAAGGUUUUGUUGUAUCGAUGAGGACCUGUCUUCAAAGACACAUUGCAGUAGAAGAAAAUUUCAGUCAAGAAAAUGUGCCAAGAAAGGGAGGACGAGACACCGCUUUUCUGCCUUUAUCAUACAGCAUGAAAAACAUGUUGCCAACCUCAUCUACAAAUGAGUAGACUAUAGGCGUUUUCUAUGUGAGAUAAUUUUCUAGACCUUCAGCUUCAGCUUCUUUCUUACACAACAAAGAAUUUAGCUGUGGUUUCUGGCAAUCACAGCUACUAAAUGUACACUUUCCUGUCCUUUUUGCUAAGUGUUAUCCACCAUCAGUAGGACAUAGCACUAAGUAAUUAAAAAGAGAGAGGUAAUAGUGGAGAGGUCCACCUGUGACUGUCAUUUGGUAACUGAUAGGUUAAUAGCAGACUUGCAACAUCAUCUGUAUCAACAAGCAUCACGGAUUUGAAAAAAUUAACAGACUGCCAACAGUCUAACUUUGUAUGUGCCAUAAAAAUGUACAGAGCUAUGUAGUGGAAGUCGUUGUGUCCAUAUUAAAAUGAUGCUCCCCAGCAUCCCUACUGUCCUAUUGCAUGUCAACAACCUUUGUUUAUCAGUUGUGCACUUGAGUGUGUACCAUAAGUCUCCAUAUAUCUAUAGAUAUAUAUAUGCGCAAACCAAAUUGAUAACCCACAAAUCCUUCAAUCUCUGAUGCAAGCACACCUUUAUGGUCAUAGCCCAAUUGAUAAAAUAAAAGAUUGGGUCCAUACUUGAUAUUUGAGUUCCAAAUACACGAUCCUACAAAUAUAUCUUUCACUAUCUAUUUACCAUAUCUAUUCUUCCAUUGAUGAAUGUAAUCACAAAUAAAUAAAAUUUGGUCUUCCUUUAAAUAUCUUUGCCAUCCUUUAAGAUUUCUGAAUAGGAUCUAUCAUUUUCUGAAAACAAACUUGGGCUUCAGUACUUAAAGCCAAAUAUAACAGUCUCUGAGUUCUUAGCAAGGCCUUGGGAAACCUGCUGUUCUCCAGGGCUAAUUUCUGUGUCCAUUUUUAUCUGAAUCUUAUUCAGGCACAUUUUGUUUCCACUCCACAGGCAGACAAACUAUUUUCUUUGGAAGACUGUAGAUGAAGAAAACAUAUCAGCAAGAUACUAAAAUGAUUUGAUGCCUCAUAAUGGAAUGUGACUUGCUCCUUAUCAGAAAGAAACAGUUAAUUCCCACAUUACAAUGUAUUAAAACCUGUUUGGUGCAAAAGUGAUCUGUGUUGAUAGCAAUGCAAUAGCUUCAGUCAGCCAACAUUAAGGUUGUGACCUGGUUCUUGUGAGCUGUUGAAGCCUGUCCUGUAAAAUAUAUUGUGAUAUAUGGUCUAUUUCUCUGUCUGUAAAACCUAGGCUUUAUUUGAUUUUUCUUCUGCAGUUUCAUUCCAAAUUUCAUUCUCCACAAUAUCCAGAUGCCUGUCCUGGGAAAUGUACUUUUUCCUUGAAGUCCUAUUUUUGAUGUUCCACCUUGUGUUUAUGAUGGUUAGUAUGUCCUCUGCCAGCUCUUUGUAGGUGACCAAGUCCCAUGUGUACUGAUAAAGUUUGUCUGUUCAGAUAUUUCCCUGAUAACCACUCAGGACCAUUUACAUUGCAUCAGGAAAGCUGUAAGAUGGGCAUUCAUAUGGUAUAGUU